AUGGAUCCGCCGCAGUCCCCUCCCAAAUCGGCCAUUCCUCGCCGCGGGCCUCCCCUCACGGCCAUCCGCACCGACCUUGCUCAGCAGCGCCCUCGUCCAGUCCUACAGAAACCUCGUCCUCAGCGUCUCCGACCCACCGACGCCAUCUCCGAUCAGUCGCAAAGCGUGCCCCUGCAGCCCGAUCCUGCGAAGCGCCAGGCUUCAAAGACAAGCUUGCGGAGUCUCUUCGCCCGGAACAAAGCUCUGCGCGACGAAAAGAAGCAGGACGCCACUCUUCCUGCGCUUGGUGAGAGGCGUGGUUCAGCCACGCCAUCCACUGCCAAUGUCCCUGACACUCCGCGAUCAAUCGCAUAUACCGUGGCGUCCGGCUCGACGUUGCCUACCUCAUCCCAAGCUCCCACGCCCACUGAAUCAAGUUUUAGAUCCGAACAGCCAAGCAGAGCAAAACCCAAACCGGAGCCGAAAUCCAAAGUCAAUGCGUCCUGGGUCCCUCCGCCGCUAUUCCAAGCGUAUCCACAAGCAUUGAAACAUGCACGCCUUUCCAUCCCCAACAUCUCUGCCGAUUCUAUUCUCCGCAUCCAGGCUACCCAAGGCAACAAUCCUCAGCAGAGCGAGCGAGAUGGCGCAGAUCCCGAAAGUGCAGAUAGAAACAAGAAAGAGGCUAAAGAUAAAAAGACCGGCAGGCGGGGAGGCUCCAGUGCCCUGGGCAAUAUCAUAUUACUUAGCAAGAUAUUCGUUCUGGUAACCGCAGGCUAUAUAUUGCAAUAUGCCGGGGAGGGUGGAUAUGACAGGCUGCCGGAGAAGGUGAUGCGCCUUGGUCCGGCGUCGGCAGCAUUUGCUAGUGAUGCUAUUCCCGGGAAACCCUAUGUUUUGCAGAUCUCGCAAAAGUCUAGCGACGAUGGCAAGGCGCCGGCAACCGGUGGGCGAACAUUCCUAUCAAGAUUUGGCCUACAAGGCGCCGAGUCGCGCCGGACUGUCCGUACAUUUCUUGUUAUCAUGGCCAGUCCCCAGGAGAUGAACUCUUGGUUGAUUGCGCUGCGAAAAGCAAUCGAGUCCCUAGGCGGCAAGAAAUAUAUUCCAGAGUACGAAGGAGAUGCUCUUGAGUCCCCCCUUAGCCCUCGACUCGCCACGCGCAAUUCGCGGCUCUUUGUAAACCGCAAAUCAAGCUUGCGGGAAUCCAACCCUCCCUCGCCUUUGUUUGAUACUUUCCAGCGACGUUCACCGGUGCCUUCUGUUCACAGGAAGAAUUCGUAUCAGGAUGACAUUUCCACUAGUUCAAUCAAGACGGCCAAUCGUCGCUCGCUCACCGCACCUUCUGAUGCCAUGUCUAUAUCUACAGCAACUUCUACAACAACAAUCACUACCAAUGCAUUCAAAGACUCAGACGCAGUCUUUGAAAAUCCUCGAGAUCCUCCUCUUCCGACCCACAGAAUCAAAAUUACACCCAGUACCCCCGCAGAAAAGCCUCCAGUUGCAACCCCAGCUGUACAGCCAUCUGCGACAGCCGCGCGACAGCUGCGCAGACCUACGCCGUCUGUUGCUGGAAACGGCAACCGGCGUUCCUAUAUCGCCACCCAGUCAGACAGUCAAGGAGAGACAUUUCGUCGACCACCCAGUCUCGGCCGUCCACUAUCGUUUACCAGAAACACCGCUCCCAGUUCGGAGAACUCAUCUGCUGCUCCUCAAAACCACAGCGUUUCCGGCUCUGGCUCAAGGCUUUCUAUGGUCCGUAAGAACAGCGCACAGAUGAUCUCAUCAAAUGAUAAAACUUUACGGCAAAUACCCAGGAGAGAGUCACCCCCGACAGUAAAUGGUCACAGUGACGUACAAGAAAAAGACCCUGGCUCAAAGACAGACGCCGGAAGUGACUCGUCCCAAAACAGAAGAAAGCGACAGUCAUUAGUCUCUCCCAGUCAAAGCUCGACUCCCGCUACUUCAGGUUUCAGGUCAAUUCCUACAAUCCUUCCUCGCAAAUACUCCUUGACUGGACCAGAAGGUGCUGGCUCCUCAACUCCGAGAUACUAUCGGCAAUCUCAAUCGCCAGAUCUAGGUUCUGCCUCUCGCUUGCCACAAACGCUUCCUCAGCCGAGCCAAUCCCGACUCCCAUCUGCUGCUCAGAAAAGUCGUCAAGUAAACCGGAUACCGAAACUCGGUACUGAAUCAGAGAUCCCUUCGGCAACUGGCGGUAAUCUUGCUCGGUUUGCCCUAGGUAAUGACCGAGCAAGUAAAGUGUCUGCUGCUCCGGUGACAGCACGAGAAAUCCAGUCUCUUCGAAGUGCGUCUGCAUUGAGCCAGCAAGCACGCAAAAUCUCAAAACCGACUUUGGACGAACAGCAACAAGCACAUUCGUCGACUCCUGCGUCUUCACCGCAGACGCCAGGGACGACACCUCGAGAGGAGUCUAGUCGACGCAGUUCUCUGAUAGCACCGCAGUCACAGCAAACGUCGCCACGCCAACGACGCAUUCAAAACUUAUCCUUAUUACCACCAGCUCCUCCGCCAGACUGUCCGCUACCGGAAGUUCCGCCAAACAUAGCCUUACGACAUACUCCUGCACCGCAGAGACGACAACAGCAGCAGCAACAAAAACCACAGCUACCACGCCCAUCCUUACCAUCAUCAACAUUAUCCACACCACCGCCAUCAUCUCUACCCCCUACUCCAAACGUUCACAUGCGUCGCCGAAGCUCUGAAUUGCGUUAUUUGCAUCAGCAAAUGGCCAACAUCCUAACCCGAAAACAGUCAGACGCAUCAAUCCCUACGUCUGCUUCUUCUUCUUCUUCGACUACCCCUACUGCUGCUACUGCUGCUCUCCCGGAUUAUAGUCCUAAAUCUAAUAGUGGUGCCGCCCCCUCUGAAAGCCCGUCACGAAGCUGA